AUGUCCCGCAAGUCUAAUUAUUCAAAUAACGAUCCUACUGAGCCGAUUAAUGGGUUUCCAGGUUAUGAUGGAUUUCCAACACAAGGCCAAGCCUCACCGCCAUCUUACGGAUAUGUUGACAGUAGUAAUCAUGAUUGGCAACGACAGCAAUACCAAAAACAAUUGCAAGGACAGCAAUUACAUCAACAAUUGCAAGGACAGCAAUUACAUCAACAACGUCAAUAUCAACAACAGCAACGGGAUCAGCAACUACAACAAUUACAAAAACAACAUAACCAACAAUUACAACAAUUACAACAACAACAUCACCAACAAUUACAACAAUUACAUCAACCACAAGACGUCAAUGAAUCUUCAUUAAAAAAUCCUGUGAAUCCUUUGGUACAUAGUCCAGACUGGUCCCCUACUAAUGAAGACUACAGACUUAUGGCAUUCCCCCAACAAGAUUUCAUGACAAGAGUCAAGAAGAAUUUCCACAAGAAUUCAGGCGACCCAUUGGUGGACCAACCAAUAAGCUUCCUGCGUAAAGUGCCGCCGCACCUUGCAGAGCAGCCCCAAAGAGCUUUCCGCCCACUUAUCCUCAAAGGGAUCAACAAGAUGGGGCUCAUCGGACAAGGGUUUAAGCCUGCGUAUAUAGGGCUGGUGUUUGCUCCCCGGGACGUUAGUGUUGCUGAUUUCGGGCAGUUUUUGGAAGAUAUCACCAUUGCUGGCAACAUCAGCGGGGGGUCUAAAAUAGGCGCCCAGCUCGCCCCAACCACCAUGCAUAUGGGCCUCAGUGGCUACUUUGUCACCAAGGCCAUUCUUAAGGGACUCCACCGAAAGAAAGAACCGCUUGUUAUCUGCACCAUUGAGGCCUGGCAAGAGUACUUUUUUGGACCGCGGGGACUAGAUGUUUACGUGGUGGCGGAAGGUGAGCGUAUCACGUCCCGGUACGUGAACGGAGAGCUUGAUCCUAUUCCGCCAGAAGUGGCUAGGUUGUGCGGCGGUUCAAGGGGUUCCAAAGAUUAUGAUACAGAUAAGUCUUAUGAAUCCGAUAGUAGUAUCGAUAGUAACUCAUCCAGAGACUCAAAUGGGCAGAAACUCUCGCGCGAUGAGCGCAAGUGCAGAAAAGAAGAAAUUAAAGAAAAGAAGAGACUCAGAAAAAAGAGACAGGAAGACAGGAAAAAAGAGCACGAGAGGAAUAAAAAGCUUAGAAAAAGCCAAAAGGAAGAAGAAAAGAAAACUAGAAAAGACUUUGAUGCACCAAAACUUGUUGUCACUGCCCUUGUUCCUGGGUAUUAG